CGACGACUGUCAGACUCCUGGGGCUCCGUCAGCUGCUCUUUUUUCAACUGAUUAUUGCUGUCGGCCUUAUCCAGAGACCACAGUUCACGCGUUUCUUACUGAAAAUGGCCUAAAUGCAGUUCCUGAUUCUUGAAAGCUGUUGGCACAAUUGCCUUUCUUUUAUUUAUAAACUUGACGACAACGAUCAACUCUAUCUUGUUGUUUCCCCUCUUCUUUCUUUCUUUCUUUUGAUACUACAUCAUCUUCCUUCCCUCAAAUACCUCGCAACGCCACCUUAACUUCUUGGAGGCAACGAGUCUCAGACCUUGCUCGCCCAGCGUUACCCACCACAGCCUCCACCCCUACCGGAGGACUACGAGCGUCUUCGGGACUUGGGAAUUGUGCAGUCCCAAUUUCCUUUCCCCCUUUAUUUGCCCAUGGUUGUUUUGGUCAGUGCCGUUUGAGAUGGAGGGAAACUUGCCAGAAGCUGUAUCAGUCAAAUGAUGCAACUCAAGCAUCCUCACCUGGUGAGGAGCGCGACCCAUACAGCGAUGCAGUUCUCGCCAGUAUUAUAGCUGGCAAUGUUGAUACAGAAUACUCGCUUCAUGAAGCCCAGGCUUUGAGCAAGCCAGGUGAUCUUUCUUCAUUACCUUCAAGCGGGCUCGACGAUAUGGCGGAUAUUUUCUCCGGCUCCUUCUUUGAUCCAGAACUUGCUUCGCAAAAUCUCGGUGCUACCUCCACGUCUAGGAAACGUGUAGGUGGCGAUGCCUUUUCUGGCGACUUGGAAUUCUGGAGCCCGCCAGAGAAGAGACAGGCUGUUGAUCUAUAUCCAACCGAUAACGCAGUACCUUCGGUGGACACUCCGUCUCUGUCUCCAGGAAACUCAUCUGACCACCCCGGGUCUGAUCAGCCGGAUAUCUCUCUCCACACACCAGCGGACGUGGAACGAUCUCAAACACCUGAUUCCUUAUUUGAUUGCGCAGAUCCCCUUUUUGACGGGCUUGAUUUCUCGGAACCUCCAAAAUGCAGACCUACGCAUAGUCAUGGUGGGUAUUCCCUCGAAACUGAAACUUCUGGUGAAGAUCAGGUUCAUGAUCCACCUGCUCCUGGAUCUGCUCUUGAUUGCCCAGCAGACAACGCAGGCGUUGUUACGUUGGACGCUGUUCCUUCACAUUUGAGCACAGUUGCCUCGUCAUUGCCAUCCGCCAGUGAUGCGGUAAAGCAACGAUUUUCCCUCAAUGAUCAAGACACAAAGGCCAAUACAUGUCGUGAAAUUCUGCGGCGUGUUGAUCCAGAGCCUGAGUACUUGUCGCCUUAUCCGAAGUACGCCGGUCCCCUGGGCUACCUACCAUCAACGCCAGCGAUUCAUAUCAAGUACUCUGAAGUGGCAGAUACCACAAUUAACAAUCGGCUUAAAGAUCUCAGGACCAGGCUCAGGAAGACUGCUUACGAGCGGAACCAAUACAAAAAGACUUGGUUGCGGUGGACCACUGUGGAUCCCAUAACAGGGAAAUCGAAGGAAAAGCUGCUUCAAGAGCAAAAUGGAAUGCUUAAAAGGACGGCUUCUCAUCACAAGAAAAAAAGGGCAGAACUCCAGGAAGAAGUUGACCAUUGGAGAACUAAACAUGACGAAGUCGCGCGUCACUACAGCAACAUCGCGGCUCACUACGACGCUCUCCGUGAAGCAUAUAACGGAGUCCAAUGCAGGCUGAACGGGAUCCUUGCAGCAGUUCAAGGGCAUGUGCCCCAGCAACCUGGACCGCAGCAUGCCCCUAACACUAUGCCUCCAAGGACAUCUUCGCAACCUCAAGCGCCUGCUGUUCCAAGAAGACCAUCCCAGGAUCAAGUACCUACUGCGACGAAUUCUAAUCGCGUUUCAAGUCCAAUAUCAGGGGCUUCUGCGCUCAGAGUCACGCCAGAACAGGUGACAAUAGAUUUAACCGAGAGCGAUGACGAGAAUCCUAAGAAUCAACCGGCUCUGCCAUCCGGGCCGACGCGAGAGCAGAGAGAGAUGCUCAGAUCCAUGCGGAAUAAGAGCUACUCCUGGUCCAAGAGCGAAAACACGCUGAAUAGGCCUUUCCCGCCUGGGUGGCGACCCGUUUCUCAUAGCUGUACUACAUUACAGGCACCUGUCCAUACCAACAAUAGCCAGGCGACUACUCAUGCUUCCCACCGAUCCAAUGCAAGUAAUACUACAAAUAUGGCAGCGAAUACCAACUCGAAUUUCAGUGAAGGUGACGAACUGGCUCGUGCUCUGGAGGAGGAACUGGCAGGGUAG